GAAAAUGGCGAGCGCGUGCAGGAGGCGGCUUUGCACGAACGAGAAGCGCGGCGUCCGCCAGGAUCUGGACUCAUGGCGCUCUAGGCUCAUUCAGUGUGUGGGUACUGAGAAAAUCUUGGAAUUAUUACUUGGUACAAGAAUUUUAGAGGACCUAAGGCUUUUCAAAGGUGGCACCGCCGCUUGCGCAGAGGACUCUUUCUCUCCAACUGCUGACGCACUGGCACUGCUCCCUCCGUCCUUCUCUCCCAGCACCUCUUCGCCAAAACAUCUCCAGUCAGGAGUUUCAGGACGGGUUUGAUUGAUGACACGGUAACAUAACUCUCACCAGACAGCAGAUCCAUAAACUCAGCCGGGGGUUUCAAGGCGGCGUUCACAGACUCAAGGACAGCUAAGUCCUGCCAGGUCGGAAUUAAAUGCUUCAUCCAAAACUCGUUUGAUAGUCGGGAUUUGCUCCGACACUCUGUCCACCAUUUUCUGUUUGGUGCCCCAUCUUGUAGCGCAGUCCUGCACAGAAUAUUGGCCAUUAAAUUAGGACCGAAAUUAGUCCUCUUCUAUGUAGUAGACCAAAUUAACAUAAUCACAAUAUAGGCUACAUUUAAGUUCCUAUUAAUUUCAAUAUAUUUUUAUUAAAUGAAAAAAUAUAUUUAAAUCAUCCUAGCAAGCCAGCAACAGAAUAUUCUCAGGCUGCAAUGCCACAUUAACUGACGUUAAGUGUUUUAGUAAGUCCGGCGUAUGUGAAUUAAUUUGAAUGUAGCCUAAAUGACAAGUAUUUUAUUGAGUGUGAACUCGAUAUUCACAUAGCAAUUUGGUUAUUAAUAAACUUGCCUAUAAAACAAAUAUUCUAACCUUCCUAGCUUACCAGUAUGAGGCCAUGCUGGGGGAUAUGGAGCUCCAAUUGGGCUUUUGCCGGAUCUCUUCAACCAGCUUUGAGAGAAUGUACUGACCAAGGUGCGGCACAGACCCAUUGCUUGGGCUGUGCAGUCCUUAGCAAUUUACACAAAUGUAAAUUGUGACCAAAACAGUUCAGCCACGGCCAGUUUAGCUUGUUCAAUGCUGCUACGAUGUUUGCCCCGUUGCGUCCGUCGUGAUACAAGCCAGCUUCUUUUCAUUUAGGGACCACUCAUCAAAUGCAAGAUGGAGAGCUUCCGAAAUAUUGUCAGACGUCUGGUUUUGGGGCAUAACGAAUGAAACACAGUUUCAGAGCAACGUGAUUUAAGAGCCCAGUCCGUGGUCAGAUAAUGCACCGUUAGACUCAUGUAAGGAGUCAUAUUGACACUUGACCACAUAUCAGUUGUGGCAGAAAAGUAGUCGACAUUUUCGAGCUUACCUUUGACCAGUGCCUUUACAGUGUUGUACAUUUUUGGGACAGCAGUCUCUGAGAAGUAGGUCUUGCCGGGCAACUCGUACUGCUUGUCGAAUUUUUGAAGCAUUGACUUGAGUGCAGGUUUCUCCACCGUGCUAAAUGGAACCAUCUCCUUAACCAGAUACUGCGGAACAGCAGCUGUAAGGCAUUUAUGCCUCUUACUUUCGCGGCCGUAUUUGGCAACUCGCGCAAAGGAUUCAGCCACUCCUAACUGUUGGCUGGAACCAGCCUGAGCUGUCCCUUUUGUGGCUGCUCCACGACUUGGUGCUGGUGGAGGCAAUUGCGCUUCGAUAGCUGGAUGAUAGGUAGCUAGGUGAGACCUCAAAUUCGAUGUAUUUCCCCGUUUCACAGCGACCUUUCUGGCACAAACUUUGCAUAUUGGCUGGCUCUCCCUUUUCAUUUGGUUGAAAGCCAAAAUGCUCACAAACUGGCGAAGUUGCAUUUGUUUUGGCGACCAGAGCAGCUGCCAUUGUUUAUAUCUUAAAAAAAAAACGAAGACUGACAACAGCAUGGGAUGCGAACAGAUAGUUGGCAGGAAAAAUACACGCUUGGCUCUUGUUUGCAUUAUUAAUUUAUUAAACAUUCGUUACCCAUGCACUGCGGUGUAAAACACGAAGGGCCUCGCAUCGUGAAAAAAGAGAAAAACGUGAACAUUGCGGUUAUGGGGGUUGCUUGCCAUCCCCUGCGGUUUGCUGGUCAAAAGUGCGGUAUUUCAAUAUUGCGGUUAUGGCGACAGCCCUAGUCGAAUCUUCCAUUUCAGACGACACCCAACGUUAGUCACCUACGUGAAUACUUUUUAUUAAGCAGAGGAAAGAUAAUAGCAAGUUGUUUUUCCUGUGUGAAAUGAUAAUAGCCAGCCUGUUCACUUAUUUAUUGUGGUUGUCUUCUGAGUUUGAACCUCAGCAAGCUGUCCAUGACCAGGUAUUAAUGUAAGUUCCCUGUGAGUCCUCCCAAUAUUAGUGAUGUAUCAGACAGUUUGGUAGUCUGCUAGGUCACAGAGGUCACCCACUAAGCACUGUGUGAUGGAUGAAAGUGAAAAUGGGCUUCAAGGAACUUUUGUGAGAAAUUUUGCUAUUUCCUAUCACAUGAUAGGAGUGACCUUCAACAGUGGAAAAUGCCAUGGCCUUAAAUCGGGAGAACUGGAAAAAUCAAUAUGGAAUGUUUUCUUAAAUGUUUUGUGUUGUUCAUGAACAUUGUACAUAUAUAAUACACAUAAAAAAGAGGGCUAAUAUUUGUACUUUUGUGUGCAGUAGAACAAAUAAAAUCACAUUAAGGAUAUUGUCAUUUCCUACCCUCUAUAGUUUAAUUUUUACUUUUCUCUUGGAUCCACAGAUUAUAAGCCUGCAAGUGUGUCAAAUUGGUCAUUUGAUGAAAAUUGUCUUUUCUGCUGCUUAAGACGAGAGAAAGUGAAGGAACAUGUAGUUGCACAUAAUAACAAAAUUGUGGAAAGUGGAGGCAAACCUUUACUUGGCAAGGAUCAAUCUAAUAUCAGCAGACUUGAGUGGCAAGUAGAAGAAUUCCUCAAUGCUGUCUUACACAGGAAAGAAUACACACCAAGGAUCCCAGAUCCUCACAUCCCCGUGGUGGCUUGUGAUACCAUGCAGCAAAUGACUAAUCAGCUAGUGGUGCAUUAUACAAAUACCAACUCUCAGGGCUCACCUCAGCACAAUGGCAACAUGGACCAAAGCCUGCUGAAGACCUGCUCUGUCACAUCACCCACCGUUGCUGCUACAGCUACUGCUACUGCUGCUGCCACUGCACAGAAUCCUGUCCUCAGUAAGCUCCUCAUGGCAGACCAAGAGGCACCCCUGGACCUUUCAGUCAAGAAAGUCAAACCGGAAAUCAUUGAGCAAGAUGGCGUUCUGGAUCUCUCAAUCAAGAAGAAUCGUAAUCCGGACAGCACGUCUCUCAGAAGCCCUCAAAAGACUUUCACAAAACCAUUUGUUACAAGGGACUCCUUAGAUCCGGGUCUGGAUCUGACAGGAACGGAUCUGCAAUCAGCUUCCAGAUUGGAACAAUUCAUGGCUAAGCUUUGUUUGCAUCACCAGCGGCAAGUUGUCGAUGCAUUUGGGUUCUUGCAAACUGAGGUCAAGGCUGUAUCUUCCUCCAGUACUUUUCAGGCGUCCUCCCCAGCCACCCCAGAAAAACCAACAACUUCAGGCAGCAGCCAUGUGAUGUUUGAAGAACGGACCAGGAACCAGAGGUCUGAGGAGACACGCGCUUUGUCUGUAGCAAUAAGCACAUCUAGGAUCCAAGAAUCACCUUUUGUCAAGAGUGAUGAAUUUUCACAUGCAGAGCUGCCCUUGAAAACCGAGGGAUCACUGAUUGCCUCAGUUAAGACUGGACCUUUCCUAAAUCUUAGUACGACGAGCAUCGAGGAUGAAGAUUCGGCAUCCUCUGACAUGGUAGCUGCUGAAUCUAGAAGUACAGAUGUUCAGCCAAAAUGUCCGACUCUCCUUAUUGUGAAAAAUAGAAGCUCUGGCAGCCUUGAAGCCAAAAAUGUGACGGAAGAGGGUUCAGGCAAUCAGCAUGUUAACACUGGUACUGUAGACCAGGGCCUGUGCACUUCUGACAUACGUUUACAAGCAAGUUGUAGUGAGUCUAAUGUUAUUGAGCUGUCUUCAUCUAUGGGGCAAGGGCACUCUGAAGCCAAAUGCUGUGCUGUAGAAAGAAGCCUGUCUGUACACAGCAAAGGUUCUACCACCAGAUCCUGUACAGUUGAAAGAACCUCAAAUGUAAUUUCCCCAAGAACAGCUAGGAAAAGUAGGAGGGGAUCUCACUCUCUUCUUAGGGAUAGCUCAGGAUGUCAUAUUAUUAAUGGUCCUGAUAUUACAUGUGACAUUGUCUAUGUUGGAAAACCAAUUACUGAAUGUGAGCAGCAAUCACAAAUUCGCAUGACUCCACGAAAAAAUGCUAGAAAAAGCACAAGGGGAUUCCGGUACAUUGGGGGUUGUUGUGAAUUAAAAACUGUGCGAACGUUGGCACGCAAGUCUGCUGAGAAUGGUAGUGGGAAUUGCCCUGUUCCUAUGCCGGAGAUGACCACAUCAGUCACCCCAAAGCAGGCUCUAGCUAAGCCUGAUGGUGUUCCUCCAAUGGAUAUACCGUUUACAGCGGACUGUAUGGAAACCAUAAUACACAAAAAGCCCUCAGAUCAACCAGCGGAGACGGAAGUUCCUGAAGAUGUUAUGGCAAGUGAGGAUGUAGAAACCAGUCAGACGGAUCAGACUCAAAGUAAAGAGUUUUCUUGUCCAGCUGAAAGUGAGCAAAGUGACACAUCUGUACAGCAGGAGUUAAAUGCAGGCAUAUGCGAGAGUGUUGCUGACAGUGAUGACGUUGAUAUCCAUCAAGGAGACCUUGUAGAUUCCAUUGUGGCAGAUACUAAUGUAGCGCCUCAAGAGGUGGAGCUGACAACAAAGGAAACAUUAGAUUCCCCUGUACCAGGUGUGAUAUUGAGUGGAUUAGAAACAGAAGAUCAGGAUCAAAAUGUAGCCACAGAGGCACUGCAGAGCUCAUCGUCUUCGGACUUGGCCAAAGAUGGUGCCUCCAAAUUAGAAGGUACGUGUAUAGAAAAAGGUUUCCUAACUGAGACCCUAGAAGAAACUGAAUGUGUAGAUUUGCAAGUAACGACAUGCACAGAUAAAAGUGCUGAGAUAGAAGUUACUUCUGGAACUGAAACUAAUCUCAAACCUGGAGAUGAUAUCGAACCCUCUCAAGAUAAAGAAACAGAGUCAGGGGCGUCUGAUUUGAGUGUUGAGGAAAUGACUACAAAGGAACAACCUGAAGAAUGUAAGGAAGAGGGGCUUGUACCGGAUACUCUUGACGGUUCCAGUCCAAAAAAAGUUGUAAAAAAUGUUGUCCCUUCAAACAGAUGUCUGCGUAACAGAGUCUCCAAAGGUACAUCCGAACAAACAAUGUCUUCUAACCCACCAGGUCAGGUGGAAACGCAGUCAGAUAGCCCUGAUAAAAAUCAGAGUACUCCAGAAUCUAAACGGCCUUUGAACACUUCAAAAUCGAAGCAGGUUGAAGAAAACGUGCCAUGUCAGGACAGUCAAUAUAAUUUGAAUCCCACAGAAAAUCUUAAUCUUGACAAAACGCAGAGGUCCCCAGUUGUCACACAGAGGGAUGGCUUAGGCAUGACGGAUAUGGUGUGCACAAGGCAGAAGCAAAAAUUAAUGAUGGAGAAGGAAAUCGAGAGUAGCAAAGAGCCAAAUGUUCUUGAGCCAUCAACACCAAAAGAUGAGGACAAAGUUCAAGGACAAGGUUGCGUAUCUAGUGAUAUCUCAGAGAAUAUGGAGGUUACUCCACCCAAAAGUGGUGAAUCUCCUGGCAAGUCCUUAAGGAGUUCUGAAAGAAUCUCCCUUAGAAACAGUAGUCAUCAAAUUGAACAGCCUAUUAGUAAAGUCUCUACUUCACCUGUCAAAAAUGGUACGAAAACCUCAGAACGAAUGCCUUUGAGAAACAGGAACAGUGGUGCUGUUGAUCAGCCUACUGGGGGAGAACCUUCUAGUUCCCCUGCUGGAGGCCGUUUAGAGAGGCUGGGACGGAUGCCUUUAAGAAGGAGGGAUAGCUGUAAUGCAGAGCAGAUCGUCAAAGAUUCUUGCAUCUCUCCCAGUAGAAGCAGUUCAGACAGUGUGGGGCGCAUGCCUUUGAGAAGCAGGAAUAGUAGCACAGUUAAUCAGCAUGUUUCUGGAGAUUCUGAUAACGUGAUCAAGGAUGUGUCAAACUCUCUCACUGAACAAUCCAGUAGUGACAUCAUCCCAACGAGUAGGAGAACGGAGAGCACCGGACACAUGCCUCUAAGAAGUGGAAAUGCUUCAGUAGCAGAACAGCCAUCCAGAAAUACUUCGUCUGUUGGAAACGUCUCGGAGAGCCCUGGGCGUAUGUCAUUGCGAAGGAGCAAUGCAUCUGUUGCUGAAAAGAUGGACAGCUCUGCAACACCUCCCAAGAGCAUGAAACCUUCCCAAAGACCUCUAAGGAGUGGCAAAACAACUGUACCUUCCUCCACCCUGGAAGGAGAACAGAGUCCCAACAGGGUCAAAUUAAAAACGGAUAAACUUCUUAAGGAUCGAGUAAAAGAUUCUUCUUUGUCAGAUAACUCUGUUUCCGUUACCCUACCAACCACCACCCCUGUAACCCCAAGUCCGUCCAAGUUUUUGGAGGCAUUAAAUGGGGAAGAGAACCAACAUUUGAUUUCAGAUUUAAACACCAAAUUUGAUAAGAUGCAGAAAGGGUGGGUUCAGAUGGACAAAGAGGGACAGCCUGCGCCAAAACCAAAAAACAAGGCUGAUCGAUUGAAAGAAAUAUGGAAAAGCAAAAAAAGAAUUCGAAAGCCAAGGUCACUGGAGCAGCAGAAGUUCUCUCCUGUGCAAAUGCUGUUCAUGAAGUCGUUUGACCUUCCCAGUAUUUGUCGGUGGUUCUUGCAGUCCACUGAAACGAAAUCUCUCGUCAUUGUUAAGAAGGUGAACACCAGGCUUCCAUCUGAAACGCAGCUGUGUUUCCACACCUCAGCAUCUGUUCCAGGGUCCUCCAAUGGGGUCUUUCCAAGCGUGCAGGCUGAACGCUUAAAAAAGCAUCUGAAAAAGUUUGCCAUUGCAUCUCCCGUGAAGAGCAACCCCAAGAACAAAAGGCUAAUUGCUAAAGCUUUAGCUCAGGGUAUCUCUGUCUCAAAAGGUAAAGAGAAACGAGAACCAAGCACUGCUACACGAAUCUCUACGAAACCUCACAGCUAUACUGGUUUGAUCCAGCCACAGCCCUCCGAGAGCCACAGCAAGGUGACAGCCAACGCUAAAAACCCAGCAAGUGCCAGAAUUUUGAGGAAAUAUUCCAAUAUGCGUGAGAAAAUGCAAGUUCAACAAAACACGUUGAAGAAGCUGGAGCGUUCACUGAACAAGACAAAAAAGGUGCGCAUGAUGCCAAAGAAUGUCUCUAAAGCGAUGUCUACAGGUAAAGGACAGAGGUCUGCCAUUGUCAAGAAGGUGAAAGCCUUGGCUAAAAAAGCAAAAGUCAAAUCUCCUGUAAAAGAGAAGACCCCCAAGAGCAGUGUCAGCAGAGCAUUGAGAGGUUUGAAAAACAGAGCUGGGAUCCCAGCAAAGAAGGCACUCCCUAAAGUAUCUGAAACGAACGUUGCAGCAGACACUAAAUCCCCAAGCAGGAAGGAGACCCUGCUGAAAACCAGCAAGUCUCCACAAACAAAAACAGACGUUAAAAAAUCUCAUUCCCCUAAAGGUCGAGAAAGUUUGGCCUCUCCGUCUCAAACUGCAGACGUGAAACCGCUGAAAUCAGAAGACCAGGUGUUGACUAGGUCUCAGAGAAAGAUUGAAGCUACCCUUGCACAAACUGGAUCUCCUAAAACCACCAUGAAAAGAGGCAGUGAACCCUUAUCCACUCCCUCGAAACGUACAAGGACCUCGAAGUAGUAUGAGUGAUGGAAGCAGAUAAAGACUGCAUGGGUGGGUGAAUGGAUGACGAGAUUUACGUUGCUUUUCUACAAAGCUUUUUUUAAUGCUAAAGCUGUGCAAGCUGUUUUCAUGUGAAGUCCCACAAAACCAGUGCAGUGUGCAAAACCUUUUUACGAAGUUCACAACCAGAUGUAUAUUGUGUUUAUAGUACACCUUUUUUUAAAUAUGCAUAUUAAUUAUUACCCUUAUUGAGUAGCCAGUGGUGUGCCCUUGUCAUUACAAAGCUACAGUAUGCUAUUCAAAGUUGAGAUCACCAUUGAAGUGGUUUUUUGCUUCUCAUAACAGAAACAUCUCGUGUGGUGGCUAAGAAACUCACGGCUGAUGAUCUGCAGCCUUUUUUCGGCUGUCAGUGUCCCUGUUAGCAAUCAGAUGGUUGUGUGACUUUGGUAACGUGCCUUAAGAGACUGUUCCUUAAACCUCAACGUUCUUCGUAUUGCACAUAGAUAGAUAGGGGUCAUUUAGUCUAAAGGUGUUAUUUUGCCUGUGAUCCAUCUCUGUUCCGUGCUUAGCGUACAAACACUGUACUGAUUUUUUUUUUUUGUUUUGUUUUGUUUUUGAUUUCUUACUAAAUUUUUAUUCUUUUUACACCUAUAGGUAAUUCUUUCAGAGCAUUAAAACAUUUCUAAAUGCGUAAUCAUUCUGUAACUUACUUGUGUUAUGUUGAUGCAUUGUCAUGUUCUCAUAUUUUUGGUCCUAUGUUAUUUGUUGCUUUCUUUGCUUCCGUUCCAUUAGAUUUCCUUUACUAGCCAAUGCCAGAAAAUGCAUUAAAUGAGAAAAAUAUUUAAUAAUUGUUUCUUUGAAGCUUAAAAUACAUUACUGUAACUUAUGAAUGAUGGAGUCCGAUGGCAUGUAAUAACGGAAUUACUUUAUUUUGUAUGUUGAAAUGUUAGUCUUUGCUGUCUGAUUUUGUUUUUGUUUUUCUUUUGGUUUUUUUUUUUAAUCUUCAUAUAGGCUGUUACUUUUGCUCUGCCAAAAGAGAGUAAAUAGGCUUUUGUCUUUUAUUUAUUCAAGAACUCUGUGUACAAUGGGUGAUUGGGAUGGAUUUCCAAACGUAUAUUUGCCGUGAGAUGGAAGGAGAAAGCUCUUGAGUCGGUUUUGUAUUUCUCAGAAUUUGAAGUCUAUGCAUGCACGGUGAUGUGCCUCCGAGUAUUGUACAGAAUACGACCUUUUAGUCUGAAAAUCUUUUUUCGAAAUGUGUUCUUGAUGAACCACCAUACAAUACAAAUAGUUUGACCAAACAGUGACAGAAGGCUGAUGUCCAGCAGUUAACCGUGCAGUUUGCAUGCUGUUAGCAGUAGGCUUCUACCGUCCUCUCGUUAGUCGUACAAGUAUGUAAGUUUAGUUUUGGUCAAAACGUUUGCUUCGAGUUCUGGAGUCUAAAUCCAGAGCUGGACGGAAUGAACCUUGGUUUUGUAUCU